UAAGGCCUUUUCCUCCACAGGGAUAAUCAUAAAUCUUCUCAUUCAAUUUUUUUCGGGAAAUUGUUUAGAAAAAUUUGAAUAUUCUGUAGUUUUUGCAUCAAUAAGUUCCACCAAUUAGAGACCAUCAACCCAUCUUUAAAUUAUUCGCUCCUGAAUUAUCCAAGUGUUAAGUUUUCGAGAUGAUGACAGCGGCCAGACUCGUGGUGGUGCUGGUGGUGCUGGUGGUGAUGGUGUCCCAGACGCGCGCCGACUACUGUGGGACCGUGACGCAGUGGCUUGACAAGACCAUCUACAGGCCCGUGCCCAUCUACUCGGGAGGGAAAGCGUCUCGGGAUCACUACGCGCCUGUGCACCAGACCAUCACAGUCAUCAACACGCAGUCCGUGCCGUACUUCGUGACGCAGACGCAAAACGUGCCCCAGUUUGUGACCCGUAAAGCUGUCCUGCCGCAGUACAUCACGCACACCGUCGUCAGGACCCAGCCCAAGUACGUCACGGUCACGGAGAAGUCCUACGUUACCGUCACGGCCACACGCACACGCAAGUCCUACGAGACUGUCUGCCCCAAGGGAUACGGGCACGGGGACUAUCAUUAAAACAUUCAUGCCUUCUUCCUAAUUAAUACAUGGGGGGAAACAUGAGGGAGACAUUCAUGCCCUCUCCUCCAUGCCUUCUCCCUAAUCAUAUCACUAAUGGUUUCUUCCAGGAUAUAUUAGUUCAGUUUAACAAGGUCUUCAAAAUUCUUUUUAGUCCUUCCCGAUCGUGGGACCGAAAUUGUUGUAUACCUUCAUUUGUCUACUGAAAAUUACUUGUAUUACUUCAAUUUCGUAUGCAUUUUCAUGCCUAUUUAGGUCCGAUGACAAUCAAUUUCUGCGCUGAGAUUUAUUCCUGAUAUCUAAUAGGGAAACUGUUCAUUUAUUAAGUGUCUAGCACGUGCAAGAAACAUUUCAUUUCUGUUCCCCGUUGGCAGCGGGGCUUGUUUUUUUUCUGUUCCAUGCCACUGCGAAGGUCUUGAGAUGUCAUCUUCACACAAAUUUGUCUUCUCGAACGUAUAAACCUUGGUUCCGAAAAAUUAUGUAAUAAUUAAUUUUGGAGUGUGUUGAUUAUGAUAAUUUUGAUACUAGAGCGUGUUUUUUAAGGUUGGUACUUUACUCUUGCAAAGCACGUUAAAUUUUUUGUGAAAUAUUUUUGCAAUGUUAUCUUGUUUGUAAUUCGUUAUGUGUUGAUUAAACAUAUUAUAAAUUGUU